CGCAGUUUGUGACAAUUAAAUAUCGAAAUAAAGAUCAUAAAUCAAAAGAUUUUUUUUAAUCACCUUUCAAAGAAUUUAAAUUACCUGUAAAAAAGCAGAAUGCAUUAUACAAAAACAUUUAACGUUUCUCAAAUGGACAUCGACAUGUAAGAAAAACACUUAAUAUUUUUUCAGUUAAAUGUGAGGAAAUAAUCAUUUUGGGGUUGUUUUAUUCCUUUUUCAGAUAUAUCAAAUGGCAACAUCUCAAGAAUCAUGUGAUCUCUGCGUCACAGGUCAUACAUCAUCCAUAGCUGUUACGUGGUGCCCAGAAUGUGUAGAAAAACUAUGCGACAAAUGUUCCCACCAUCAUAGUCUGUCAUCAGUCACAAGAACACAUGGUAUUUCUACUAUGGCGGACUAUGAGAAACUUCCAGAGAUAAUUCGCAAGACUAAACUUUUCUGCAAGGAACACAGCGAAAAAUUAAAAUUGUAUUGUCGUGACCACGAAAUUCCUUUAUGCCGAAAAUGUAUCCUUUCCACGCAUAGAAAUUGCGAAAACACUGAUAUACUAGUCGAUGCAGCUAAAAACGUAAAAACAUCAACAGCAAUGUACUUUUUAUUGAGGGGCCUGAGGGAUGUUACAAGUAAUCUGGCAAAAGCUGCAAAAGAUCGAGAGAAUAAUCUUACAAACAUUGUUGCUGAAGAAGAUAGCAUAAAGGAAAAGAUAUCAACAAAUAGAGAUCAGCCAAAAAUUUCAAAUGAGUUGGCAAUGGUCUCCAAAAAAUAUAGAAAGGAAGUAGGAGAACUUAUUACCGACUUGCGGGAAAGAGAAGACAAAAUGAUAGAUUUAGAAAAGGGUUUCACAUACAUUAAUAACUACGCGACUGACAUACAUGCGUUUGUGUGCAUGCUAGAAAUGAAGGAUAUUGUACAUGAAGAGGAGAUUUAUCUAAAUAGUAUUUACAGCGAAGGUACAUUAGAUAAUAUCAAUAUUUCUCUCACAAGUAGUAGGGAUAAAAACACAUGUGAUGAUCUAGAGAAUAUAAAAGAAAUAACCGUUAGGAAAUCGACAACUCUGGUUAAAAUUACCAAAGGAGAAGACACACAGGGACAGAUAGUCAUGCAACGUGCGUCGGCUUACGAUAAUAUCAAACUUGAAAUGACAGACUUAUACAACGUAGAAAGAAAAGGGGACAUCACCGGGUGUUGCGUUCUUCCUGGUGGGAAGAUCGUGUUGGCUGACAGUUCCGGUGAACUUAUCAUUCAAGAGGUUAAUGGUUCCUCGUUUACCAUACCUACAAACAGAGGUAUAUUUGAUGUGUGCGCUAUAGAUGUAAAUACAGUUGCCGUUACCAACGGAAUGUUCCGCACUCUUCAUAUAAUUGAUUUAAAAAAGAAUACAGUCAUUAAAAGUACUAGUUCGACAAAUGCUUGCUGUGGAAUAGCCUAUCGCAAUGGAAAAAUCAUAUUCUGUGUGAAAGAUGAUGGUAUUUUUACAAUGAAUCGGAAACUGAGUAACCCUAAACGUAUUUUCGAAGACAAAUUACCAUGGGGGUCAUAUGUCACAACUUUUGAGGACAAAAUCUUUUUUACAAACAGUAAAAAGAAAAAUGUUGCUGUUAUUAAUUCCGAUUACCAAAUUAUAUGGAAAUUACCGUUCGAAGAAUAUAAACCUUUUGGUAUUGCAGUAGAUUGCAAGGGAAAUAUAUACGUUGCAGGCCACAUAUUUCUGAUCGUUAUUGCCAGUGAUGGAAACAGAAGCAAAAGGCUAGACGGUCGACAUGAUGGACUGUAUCAGCCUUGGCCUUUAGCCUAUGACGAGGAAAAUAACUGCAUUAUUGUAGCAAAUCUUACACAAGGUCCCGUUCUUGUCUACAAUAUAAUUUAAAAGUCUAUAAAUAUCCAACAAGGCUGCUGAAAGCAGUGAAGAAAAAGAAAAACGGCGAAUUUUAGUAAUGGAGGAAGACGGUGCAACUACAGAGAACUACCGACGAUCGACAAGAAAUAUGGCAAUCCUAAAUCGGAUACCAACAUAACAGCCACAACGGGGUCGAACUCACAAACUCAGUGCUGACAGGCUAAUAAAACAGUAAAUCUGAACUACUUAGACCACUCACUCAUCGAGACCCCCAUGCAUGCAAAAUAGUGAUCUAAUAGCAAAAUAUCGAAAAAUUCCAAAGAAGGUUUUGCAUCAUAAUUGUUCACAAAAGGACUUUUUCAGGGAAACUACUUCACCCUUCUUUGAAAAUUCUUUGUCAAUAUUAUAUUAUAGAUACUUAUCUUUAAACUACAAUGGAAAAAAUUUGUUUUUCGUCGUGUUGAAAGUUAUUAAAGAUAUGAAGGAACUU